AUGUCCAAAACUUACAGAUCCACUAGAUCCUCUUCCAAAGACACUAAGUCAUUUGAGGAAACUAUCAUUCAAGGCUUAGCCUCUGAUGGCGGGCUUUUCAUUCCUUCCGAGAUCCCACAAGUUAGCGAAGAAACCCUGAAGCAAUGGUCUCAGCUGAGUUUCCAGGGCUUGGCUUUGGAAAUCAUGAAAUUGUACAUUUCCAGCGAAGAGAUCCCAGAAGCUGAUCUUAAGGUCUUGAUCGAGAGAUCAUACUCGACGUUCCGCUCUAAGGAUGUGACGCCAUUGGCAAAAGACGUGACUGGCAAGAACGAGCAUCUGCACAUUUUGGAGCUGUUUCACGGCCCAACCUAUGCUUUCAAGGAUGUUGCGUUGCAAUUCGUGGGUAACUUGUUCGAAUACUUCUUGCAAAGAGCGAACAAGGACUUACCUCAGGAACAGAGAAAGAGAAUUACUGUGGUGGGUGCUACUUCCGGUGACACUGGUAGUGCUGCCAUCUAUGGUAUGAGAGGCAAGAAGGACGUUUCUGUAUUCAUCCUAUACCCAACUGGCAGAAUCUCCCCUAUACAAGAAGAACAAAUGACAACUGUUCCUGACCAAAAUGUGCAAACUCUUUCUGUUAAGGGUACUUUUGACAACUGCCAAGACAUUGUCAAGGCCAUUUUCGGUGACGUCGAAUUUAACAAGAAGCACAACGUCGGAGCCGUGAAUUCUAUCAACUGGGCCAGAAUCUUGGCUCAAAUGACUUACUACUUUUACGCCUACUUCCAGGCCACAAACGGCUCUCCAAGUAAAGUCAAGUUUGUCGUCCCAAGUGGUAACUUUGGUGACAUUCUUGCCGGUUACUACGCCAAAAAGAUGGGCCUCCCUGUGGAAAGACUAAUCAUUGCCACUAAUGAAAACGAUAUUCUCGACAGAUUCUUGAAAUCAGGUGUUUAUGAAAGAUCUGACGAUGUUGCGGCUACCCUGUCACCAGCCAUGGAUAUCUUGAUUUCCUCAAACUUUGAGAGACUGCUUUGGUACCUAGCCCGUGACGUCCUUGCUUCAAAUGAUGACCAAAAAGCAGGCGAGAUUCUGAAUCAGUGGUUCACUCAGCUUAAAACCAAAGGAAAGUUUGAGGUUGACUCUGCUGUCGUUAAACACGCCCUGGUUGACUUCGAUUCUGAAAGAGUCUCCAAUGCUGAGACAACCUCGACUAUCAAAGAGACCUAUGCCAACUCUCAAAACCCUCAGCACUAUAUCUUGGAUCCUCACACUGCUGUCGGUGUGUGCGCCACGAAGAGACAGAUGGCAAAGGACAACGACAAAUCGAUCCAAUAUAUUUCUUUGUCCACUGCCCACCCAGCUAAGUUUGCCGAAGCUGUGAAUGAAGCUCUAUCUUCUUUCGAAGGCUACUCUUUCGAGAAAGACGUUUUGCCAGACGAGCUGAAGGUUCUUUCGACACUAGAAAAGAAGUUGAAAUUUGUUGAAAAGGCUGAUGUCGAGCUUGUGAAGAGCGCCAUUGAGGAGGAGUUGGCUAAAAUGGGGUUAUAA